AUGCUGUUGGCCUGGGUGCGAACAAUCCUCGUCAGCAACCUGCUCCUGGCAGAAGCCUAUGGAGCUGGAGGCUGCUUCUGGGAUAACGGCCACCUGUACCGGGCGGAUCAGCCCUCCCCCGCGCCAGGCCACCGCUGCCUCAACUGGCUGGACGCGCAGAGCGGCCUGGCAUUUGCCCCAGAGUCGGGCGCCGGCAACCACAGCUACUGCCGGAACCCGGACCAGGACCCGCGCGGGCCCUGGUGCUACGUCAGCCGCGAGGCUGGAGCUCCCGAGAAGCGACCUUGCGAGGACCUGCGCUGCCCAGAUACCACUUCCCAGGGCUUGCCAACCUCCACAACAGGAACUGAGGAGGCUGCUGAAGUGCCAGGAGGAGAUGAGGUGUUUGCUCCUGCCAACGCCCUGCCUGCCCGGAGCGAGGCUGCAGCCGUGCAGCCAGUGAUUGGGAUCAGCCAGCGGGUGCGGAUGAACUCCAAGGAGAAAAAGGACCUGGGAACCCUGGGCUACGUGCUGGGCAUCACUAUGAUGGUGAUCAUCAUCGUUAUUGGAGCUGGAAUCGUCCUUGGCUACACCUACAAGAGGGGCAAGGACCUGAAAGCCCAGCACGAGCAGAAAGUGUGCGAGCGGGAGCUGCAGCGGAUCACCCUGCCCUUGUCUGCCUUCACCAACCCCACCUGUGAGAUCGUGGAUGAGAAGACCAUUGUGGUUCACGCCAGCCAGACUCCAGUCGACCUUCAGGAGGGCAGUGCCCCCCUCAUGGGCCAGGCGGGCACUCCAGGUGCCUGA